AUGGCGGCUCCCCGUCACAAAUCACAACAGAAAAAUAUAUCUUCGAUAUUUUCUAAGUUACAUGGUGCUUUCUCUGAUGCUAUGUGUCAAACAAAGCUGACGACAGACAAACGGACACUAGACAAAACUUGGAAGUUGAUGGACAAAGUGGUAAAACUAUGCCAGCAUCACAAAAUGAAUUUAAAAAAUAGUCCGCCGUUUAUUCUCGAUAUUUUACCUGACACAUAUCAGAGGUUGCGUAUUAUUUACUCCAAUUACGAAAACAACAUGCAGGAGUUGAAUAGCAACGAACAUUUUAAUAUAUUUAUAAUAAAUUUAAUAAGAAAAUGUAAGCAGGCUAUAAAGUUGUUCAAAGAGGGGAAGGAGAAAAUGUUCGACGAAAACUCACAUUUCAGACGUAAUUUGACGAAGUUGAGCCUUGUUUUUAGUCACAUGUUGAGCGAGUUGAAAGCUAUGUUCCCCAACGGUACAUUCGCUGGCGACCAGUUUCGUAUAACGAAAAGCGAUGCCGCCGAAUUCUGGAGGGCGAAUUUCGGUAACAGUACGCUUGUACCGUGGAAGCUCUUUCGUGAGGAGUUAAACAAUGUUCAUCCAUUAUCAUCAGGCCUCGAGACGAUGGCGUUGAAAACAACCAUAGACCUCACGUGCAACGAUUUCAUAUCCAACUUUGAAUUUGACGUGUUUACGAGAUUAUUCCAGCCAUGGAGCACGCUACUUCGUAACUGGCAGCUGUUAGCGGUCACCCAUCCCGGUUAUGUCGCGUUCCUAACGUACGACGAAGUCAAAGCUAGACUGCAGAAGUACAUACACAAAGCCGGCAGCUACGUUUUUAGAUUAUCCUGUACAAGAUUGGGUCAAUGGGCCAUAGGUUAUGUGACAGUUGAUGGUGAAAUCUUGCAGACUAUACCACAGAACAAAAGUCUGGUUCAAGCUUUACUUGAUGGUUAUAGAGAAGGAUUUUAUUUAUAUCCGGACGGACGUGAUGCUAAUCCAGAUCUUAGUAGUGCUAUAAUAUCCCCAGCUGAAGAUCACAUAACUGUGACACAGGAACAAUAUGAACUCUAUUGUGAAAUGGGCAGUACAUUUCAGCUAUGUAAGAUAUGUGCGGAAAACGACAAGGACAUUAGAAUAGAACCAUGCGGACAUUUGCUAUGUACACCAUGCCUUACGGCCUGGCAGAUUGAUUCUGAAGGUCAGGGUUGUCCUUUCUGUAGAGCUGAAAUCAAAGGUACAGAACAAGUUGUGGUAGAUGCGUUUAUACCACCACGACCACCGAAUGAAUCAAAAAUACCAAACACUAAGACAGCUGUGAAGGCUGUUUCAUCUAAUUCAUCGGGUUCUUCUGGCUCAUCCGGAUGUAAUGGUUCAGAAGUGACAUCAUCAAGUCAUUCCAAUGGUUGGUCGAGGAAUACAUUCAACGGUCUGACAGAUGACAUUGAUGAUUCAGAGGAUUGGGCGGAAUUCAACGCUGCUACAUCAACAAUCGAUGCUCUUCGACCGGGGGCCCGGUCAGCGGGGGCCUCGCCUCGACACUCACCGCGGGCCCCUAGAAAGGCCCCAAGUGCGGAAAACGCCUAUGGAGAAUUGGCCCCCCCUUUACCACCACGCAAAAGCCUUUCGCCCGCGGAAAGUAUUGCCGCUUCGAGUGUUCAGGAUAUAGCUUCGGCUAGUAUUAUGGAACCACGCCGUCGUUCAUCGCUCGAACCUGAACCAGAUUCCCGGCACCGUCUGACGUCCGUCAUUACUGGGUCCACAGAAACUAUCACCGGUCUUAUAGAUACGAGACACGAGGUACCACCAGAUCCUAGAGCAUUUGAAAAACCAAGAAGAGCUUGUACACCACAAUCAAACAGUCGCCCUCUACCCGCGCCACCACCUGACAGACAAACAGACAGAGUUCACGAUAGACUGGACAAAGAAAAACACGAAAUAGUGGAUAGGAACGAACGAUCCAACUCCGAAAACAGAUUAAUGGAUCGAUAUCCGGAUAGAUAUGUCCAUGAUAGGCAUAUAGACUUCAGAAAUCCACCAGAAAGACCUGAUAGGCCUGAAAGACAGAAUAUGCAGAAUUCUGAUAGAUCAAGUUUCGAUAGAGAAACAAGAUUGGAUAAAGCACCACCAAGACAAAGGUCUUUACCGUCUACAACGAGCGGUAGCAUAGACCAGCCAACAAAAUCUACAACGAUGCCAAAAUUUCCAUCUGAAGAUGUAAAGGAUCCGCCGUAUGAAAAUGUCGCCGUGGAAAACGAAUUAGCUGUUGCACCGAAAAAAAUUAAUCCAUUAACCCACGACAAGCACGGAAGGAAAUAUCUGGAUAAUGUUUCAUAUGAGAACAUUAAUUUGGACUACAUUGCUCGUUUGGUCGGUGAAGGAUACCCAAAGGAUAUAGUCGUUAGAGCUCUUGGCAUCACGAGAAAUGAUCUUGAAAUGGCCUGCGACAUACUCCACGAAUUCGGGUCAAAAACCCAACAUAAAAUAUAA